CUCCGCUAGAACCGAGUCGAAACGCUAUCCAAAAAUGUUAUCAAAAUCGCAACUCUUGCUGCUCGUUGUUGGGCUGUGCCUGAGCGUAGCCAGCGCCGAUGUGGAUUGCAGCAAGCGUCCCAAGCGCAUGGACCCCAAGAAGUGCUGUGCCAUACCCGAGUUUGUCACCGACGAAUUGAAGGAGAAAUGCAAGGAGUACAAUACCACCUCCUCGGUCGAAAAGACAGACGACUCCAGCAGCUCCAUCGAGAAUAAGCAUCACCGGCAUCACCACCACCAUCAUCACUUGCCGCCCUGCUUCUACUCGUGCGUCUUCAAUGAGACUGGAAUUUUCGUGGACAACAAACUGAAUGACGAAAAGCUGCAGGGCUACCUGAAAACUGUGUUUGCCAGCUCCACUGAACUGCAAACCACUGUUUCCGAAUCCUUUACCACUUGUGCCGCCAAAAAUGCCGAAUUCAUGGCCAAGAUGGGUGAUCGCACACGUCCCUCGCCACCACCAGGUGCUCCCAUCUGCCCCCACAAUGCUGGCCACUUGAUGGGUUGCGUCUUUAAGACCACGUUCAAGAACUGCCCCGCCUCCAUUUGGAGUGAUACAGAGCCGUGCAACGAGUUGCGUGAUCACUUCAAUAAUUGUAAGCGUCCGAAUGGUCCGGGGCCAUCAAACGAGGAAGCCUAAAAUUGUUCCACCAUUAUUACACGCUUCCAACAAUUGAAAACACAAUUUAUAAAAUAGCACGGUAGAGCGUAAAAACAAAUAUACGAUUUUUACGAAUUAUAACCUACAGCAAUAAAACCA